UUUGGGAUAUUAUUAUCGCUGGGACCAAUGAAAAACAUUCGGAGCCUGCUACAACUUACAUAGAGGAAAGCAUGAAGCAUGGCAAUCCAGUGGUAGUUACCCCCCAUUUGCUUGAUGGUUUGCCCCUUAAAGUGGUUUUUGAACUCAAGAAUGAGAAUGCACUUUUGAAGGCCACGGAUUUUGGGUUGUCCGUUUUCAUUGAAGAAGGGAAGGUGUACUGGGGUAUAGUUGGGAGUUUUUAUUAUGUUGCACCUGAAGGAUUACGACGGAGAUAUGAAAUAGAUACUUGGAGUGCAGGAGUUAUCUUGUAUAUUUUACUCAGUGGCGUACCUCCAUUUUGGGCUGAGACGGAGAAGUGGAUUUUUUAUGCUAUUUUGCAAGGGGAAAUUGACUUAGAAAGCAAGCCAUGGCCAUCUAUUUCAAGCAGUGCCAAGGACCUGGUCCGCAAGAUGCUAACACAGGACCCAAAGAAAAGGAUUAAUUCUACUCAAGUUCUAGAGCACCCAUGGAUUAGAGAAGAUGGAGAAGCAUCAGACAAGCCAAUCGACAGUGCUGUUUUUUCCAGGAUGAAGCAGUUCACAGCAAUGAACAAACUAAAGAAACUUGCCCUGAAUGUCAUUGCUGAGAUUUUUUCUGAAGAAGAAAUCCAAGGGCUGAAGGCAAUGUUUACAAACAUUGAUACUAAUAAAAGUGGCACAAUCCCGUAUGAAGAACUGAAGGUAGGAUUGGCUCGUCUCGGCUCAAAGCUUUCAGAGGCUGAAGUACAGCAGCUCAUGGAAGCCGCUGAUGUGGAUGGGAAUGGGUCAAUUAACUACAUUGAAUUUAUCACUACUACAACGCAUAGACACAAGGUAGAAAGAGAUGAACAUCUUUUCAAGGCUUUUCGAUAUUUUGAUGAGGAUAAUAGUGGGUUUAUUACCAGAGAUGAACUAGAGAUUACCAUGAAAGCAUAUGCAAUGGGUGACGAUACCACGAUCAAGGAAAUAAUAUCAGAAGUUUAA